CAACAAUAAAAUACGAUUUCUCACAUCUACCUCAUAGUUCACAGACUAAUUUAUUCACAGAAAUUUUGUUGGCUCUUAUUUGGUUUCUCUCUUAAAUUAAUUAGGUUUCGUUUAAAAAUGAAUGCAGAAUUUACAAAAGAACUUGUCAUAGAUGCGGUUAAUAUGUUGAGCUCGGGCAACAUUUCAUUGGCCAACGAAUACUUGGCCGCCUUUCAGAAAUCGAAUGACACCUGGAUUAUAGCUGAGGAAAUAUUAUCCUACAGGCCACCGCACGAUAUGCACAUCCUGACCUUUGCGGCAAUGAGCUUGGCUAAGAAAAUAAAGACAUCAUUUUAUUCGCUACAAAAGUUCCAGCUUAUGUCUCUAAAGAAUUCCUUGAUCGAUCACCUUAAAUAUGCGGCUAUGAUGAGGGAUUCCAACUCAUUGAUUGUGCAGUUGGCAGUUGGCAUAUCAGCUCUAGGGCUAAUGUUUUCACAGUGGGACUACGAGCUACAAGACUUUGUGAGAAAGCUAUCUGAAAACCCCCAAUACGUGAUGGCACUUUUGGAGGUCCUAAAGGUUAUUCCUGAGGAGACUCGUCCAUCGAAUCUUCCGGUAGAAGCGAAGAAAUUGAAUUCUGUGAUCGACACACUUGAACAGCAAUCUCCGUAUAUCUUAGAUGUGCUGGAAGGACUUCUACAGCGACCGGAUUUACCAGACGAUGCCUUGCCGAAAUGUCUGGCUGUUUGCGCGUCAUGGACCAAAUUUAGUAUGCUUUCACCCGACCAAGUUCUGCAACGCAAACUGUUCAUAAUGGCUGAAUUUAUUCUGGCUACCCCGUUGGUUAACGGUCAUUUAGAGGCGGCGGAACUUUUUGUAGCUUUGCUUGAACAAUCCCUGAUCAGAAAAGAACUGAAUAGCUGUUUGGCCAAUUCGGUCAUCUGUUUGAAACCGGCAUUCAAACGAUCUAUGGGCGAACGCUCACUGCUGCAAAACUACUGCAACAUAUUUGUAAAUCUUUUUCAAACACACUUCCGGCUAACUCAAACGAAUCCUGAACGACUCAACGAACGACUAGUAACCAUCGAGCUAUUGUUACUUGUAGCCGAGGAGUCCCCAUUAGAGGUAAUAGAAGCCUCUUUGGGUAUGUGGUCGUCGAUUUCAGAAGAAGUGUAUCUCCACGACGAUCCGGAAAUGUAUUCUGUGUAUCAACCGUACUUCGUGCGGCUCCUAGAUCUACUGUUGCCACGUGCUGCCUUGCCAGCCAAUUAUGAAUUUAUGAUGCCACCAGGGUCGGCAGACAUGCAGCGUUUUCGAGAACUCAUAGGCGAGGUCCUGUUGGAUAUGGCCCAUAUGAUAGAUGAUGAUACCGUUGAGAAAUUGUGCAGUAUCGUGGUAGAUGAGCAGAGCCCUUGGAUGGAAGUGGAAGCUAGCGUUUUCUUUCUGCGACACCUGAUAGGAAACUUUAAGGAGCAUCAGACCGAUAUAAUCUCAUGCAUUUUAAAGACAUUUUUCCAAAAGGAUUGCCAGCAGCCUUUUAUACGCCUGCAGGUCCUUGAGCUAAUCUCAAUCCCGGAAAUCGUGAGUGUCGAAACCAUCUGGGAUUGUCUGGUCAACGAACUGCGCCGCGCGGACCCAAUGCUGUCGGCUAUCGACUGUCGCCUGAAUCUUCUAAUGCCCCACUGGAAUUACCUAGUUACGCUGGCCAUCAUGGUGGACGAGUUCUGUUUAAAGGAGAGCGAGCGCUGUGAGCUUUUGUGCAGCAUCUGUACUUUGAUCAGGGAACUACCUGCGGCGUGUGUCCAAGAAGCAAAGACGUCAAUACUCAAUAUAAGGUGGAUCAAGUGUCCUGCCCAUAUUGAGGAAAAUCGUCACAGGGUGCUAAUGAAUAGUUUUUAAUGUUAAUAAAUUAAUUAUAUUUUGUU